UGCGAAGCACGGCAUGCUAAUCAAAGCGUUCGCCCCUUUUCGUCGCACUGUAGUUCAUGAACAAGGCCCAUCGGCCGGAACCCAGCAAGGCAUAUGACGCAUCCAAUGAUGCACAGCUUCUGACUUCGACCUGCUCUCGGUCUCUCACGCAGAGGGCAUCUGCUUCUCGCAGUGUACGUUGAAAGUACUAUCAUGCAGCAGGAACGCUUGGACGCUUUGUUUCCUUUACCCUCUCCACCGCCGUCGCCCCUAUCGCCUGCACGGUUGCCGGGGGUGACUUACGACUCUGGAGUUGCCCUUUCCAAGUGCUUGAAAGACAAUCACGAGAAGUGGCACGUUUUCUUCAAUGACAGGGGCUUCCACAACCAUGCAACGCACCACCUGCUGGCGAUCUACCAGCUUGGAGCCAGUGGCCCCUUGUUGGAUGCCGCGUAUCAAACGCACGUUUCGUACAUGCGCCCUGCGUUCAAGUCGCCGGACGUGAUCACCGAACAGAACUUCCACGAGCACCUGGGAGAUGAGAAGUACUACAAUGCAUAUCUUGAAUUCUUCUCGUCCGUCGUUCUCGAAAAAGGCGCAGCAACUGCGUUGGAGGAGUAUAUCUUCUCUGCCAAGGCGAACAUCACCGCUCCAGCCUCUGCGAAGCUACCGAAUCAGAUGUUGGACCGGUUCUUGGCUGGACUCCUGCACCCUUUAAUUCAUACUGGUUAUGGCUGCGAGUUCGGUCUGCCUGGUAUGCUCGCGGAAGGACUCGCACAAACUGCCGUGCAUUCACCGGCCGCGCCGACUCUCAUACCCGCCUCUUUGUUCAAACACACUGUUAGCGUUCCAGCCGAUGCUAUCAGCGCGUCCGUUGCUCGCUUAACUGCGCUCAUGCCCUCGCUAGUGCUUGAGAAGUUGCACAAUGUCGUGCCUGCAAUUGAGCUAAAGCAGCCGAAGGGACGCGGCAUCCACGCGCUGACUAUAUUGGCACAGAUCCUGAACGAUCGCGACUUCACCCCUGCUGCGAUCGGUCUACCGACACCGGACGACAACGGUGUGAGCGCCUUCACACAUGUGGUGGAGACGCGUGGCGAGAGGCUCGUUGCGCUGACGGAGGCGUGGACGGUGGAUGGGGCGGACGCGCAGGAGGUGGCGAGCAAGAUCGAAGAGCUUAUCUGGAUGAAUGUGAUCAUUUAUGGCGUUGGCGGCUGGGCGGGGCGCAAGACGGUUGAGAACGGCAGGUUCAACGCGGACUUUCUCCAAAUGCAUUUGGUGACAUCCGUCCUCUUCCUGCAUUCCCUGGUUGCCUAUCUCUCGCCCACGUCUACGUCGAUCCUCCUUCGGACCUACUUGACGAGCUCACUCGCCUGGUGGGUCGCCCGCGGUCGCCCAUCUCUGCCAAUCCGCGAGUUCUAUGAAUUCGUCACGGCGCAUCCAGUGGAGCACGGUGCACCACACGUCCCGCCGGUCAAGGACGCGCUAGUACGCGAAGACCCGUCGCCGAACCCCUGGCUGCCGAUCCUGCAGACGACGCUCAUGCAUCCUAACGAGCACCUCUGCAAACUGCAGCGCGCAUUGCCACAUUUCUCGGUCCUCUAUGGCACGAAGAAGCCCGGGGAUUUUGCUCAUCUGGCUGAGUCGGCUGAUGCACCGCUCGAAGGAGCGGAUGUCCUGGAUGGCACUCUGUUCUUGCGUGUCGCUGGGCUGACUGCGGAGAGACUAGGCUGGAUGAGAGAAGGAGAGGAAAACAAAGGUUGGGAUUUCAAAGGUUUCUUUGAUUAGGCGGAAACUUGUGUACAAAUAUCUCGUACCGUGACGUGACGAAUCGCGCGCUCGAUGUCUCGUGAUUGUGACGUAUCGCGUUUCGGGUUUUGGCGCUUUCAUGUACUUGCUAACUGGUCAAUCUUAACACUUCUCCCACCUGAGCGCAAUAGCUGCGAGAGUAUACCUUGUUUAA